CACAAGUGAUGUGUGGAGCGCCCCCUAUUGGCAGAGGUCAGCAACCCAGGGCAGGGAGAGGCAGGGAAGGGCAGCUUGCUCCUUGCCCUGGGCUGGCCAGCCCAGGGUGGGGCAUGCCAAGGUGUGCCCUACCUGGAACAGAGCAAAGGCCAAGUCCUUCACUUGCCCCACCCCGCUGGCCAGAGCCUGUCACCAGGCCUCCCUCUCUGUUCAGGGCCUGCAGGCAGGACCCGGAAUCCCAAGCGGCUGGCGCACUGGGGGACAUCCAGGCAGGGCCCUCCCUGGACCAGGCCCUCCGGGAGCGGGAUGAAGCCAUUGCCAAGAAGCAGGCAGUGGAGGCUGAGCUGGACACAUGCAAAGCCAGGCUAAAGGAGGUGGAGGCCCAGUUGCUGGAGGUCCUAGCGGAGAAACUCCGACUGAGGCAGGAGGUGGAAGCCUGGGAGGAGGAUAUGCGGCAGCUGGUGAGACAGCAGGUCCAGAGUCAGCUGCACAGAGAAUCCAGGGGGGCCCACAAGGACCCCAGCACUGCUGGCACAACCAGGAGCCCCUGGGCCCUGUUCCCCUCUGGUUGGAAGGGGCACUGGUGGUGA